CGUUGCCAGAUGCCAGCAGCUCGGUUUUGUUGAUUGUUGUGUUGAGUCAGGAGCAAAAAGAAAACACCGAUAAAAGGAGAGAACUGCGAAAUCCGGAAAUCCCCGUCCUGAGGCGCAAUUUGCCCCAGCAAGAACAUGGCCAGCAGCAAGGAGUUAUGCUCCAUCCGGGAAUGGGCACCGCUCACGGAGGUCAUCGAGCGGAUUCCGGCGCGCCUGCAGCGCGGUUUCUUUCCGGCGAAUCUCAACCUGACCUGUGUGGACGCCACCGAGGAGUUCCUAGCCAUGGGCAGCGACGCGGGCAUCGUCUUCUGGUAUAAUCGCCACACGGGCGAGAUGCAGAAGCUGAAGGCUGAGGUGGCCACUCGGAUUACGUGCGUGCGGGUUGUCAACUCCGUCGAGUACAUGGUUGCGGCUGGGUGCGCCAACGGGCAGGUGAGCAUCUUCCAGAUACAGAAGGAGCUGCCACGGGACCUUGAUUUGGUGGCUCCUUGCACCAAGAGUCGGCCCAUUGAGCGGUAUACUAUCCGGGAUCUGCACAAGUGCGUGGUCAGCUGCUGUGAGUGGUCCAAGAACGGGAUGAAGCUCUAUUCCGGCGAUCGCCAGGGAGUGGUGGUGCUCACGGAGCUCGAUUACCAGGCGCACCUCAGCAAAUCGGUGGAGAUCCUGAGCGAAGCAUACGAGAUCGUACAGCUUAGCGUUCGGCAGAGCUACCUACUGGUGGCCACCCUCUACCGUUGCAUCGUAUGCCAGAUGGACGCUCAAACCUCGCAGUGGAACAUCACCCAGGUGGGAAAGAAGGAUCGCAAACAGCUCAUCGACUGCGGGGCCAUAUUUCUGAAGAAACAGGAAGCAAACAAGCCGCAACUUGUCUGCGGACGUCCUGGCCUGCGCUUCUGGGUGGCAGACGCUGCGGGAAAUGUGUCCAAAACAGUGAUAUUCCGAGAUGCCGUUCUGCGCAGUCCCACCUGGGAAAUACCUAUUCUGAACCCCAAGCAGCGCAGUGAGCCGUCCGGUACCCACCACACGUCUGCGUCUACAUCUUCGACUAGACAUUCUGGACUGGCAGAUGGCGAUGUGGGCUACGUGGCCAGCAGCAACUUUCGGCAACUAUAUCUCUACGAUGGCCACGACUCACUACUGGUAACACACGACGAUGCAACUCUGUACGUACUUAACUUGGAUCGACUCAAAGUAGAAGCCGUUGCGCGAGGAUUGCGGAAGAUCCUUGAUUUCUGCGUCUGUGGCAAAGAGAUCUUCGUGUUGGAGGGCAAUCGCACAUUGCUUCGUCUAGCUCCUUUACCGGAACCACCAAACAAGACGGCCAAGGUCAUCUUCAAUCCCCUGAUGCCGCCUCCAGUUCCGGUUCUAGGCUCGCACCUAUCGCAACUGGAGUCGCCGAUAGAGCUUCAGGCGGAGCCGGUUCUUCAAAACGCAGAGGAGUGUUUCGAGUUGUCACCGGUGGAACAACUGAACCUUAAUGUGCCCAUCGAAAUAGCUGUGGAGUCGCCACUGACUCAACAAAAUCGUCGCUUGGAAAUCUUCCGCCGCAUCGGAGAAAUGGACUUCGAGCAGUCCAUCGUCCACACCACCCGCAAGACAUCCGUAGGCAAACCGCCCGAGGCCAGUGGUGUGGGAAUCGUUGAGAUUGGCCAUGAGACCCAUGAGCUGCGGUUGCCGCUUACCAAUGCCGCCACACUAAUGGAGGCGAGCUACUGCCAAAUGGAGAACAAUGGUCUGGCCUCUCCACUGGACAUGAAGGCAGCCUUCCUUCAGCAUCUGCCCGAUGCGCUAAGUCCCACCACCUUGCAGAAGACCGUUGCGGAGAAGGCCAAGACCCUGGCCGCCGAGCUGGAUCUGCCCGAGGUGCAUCUGGCGCCGUUGUCGCAGGAGGAGCUGCAUGCUGUCCAGGCUCAGACCCCUCAAAUAAGCGACCCUCUAAUCAGGUGCUAUCCCACGCACCUGGAAGAGGCCAGUAUCCAAACGAGUUCGCGGGAAAAUGCAACCAACCCAGCUGAUGAUUAUCAUGUAGGCGAGCCCGUGGACGGGAUACGGUCAUUUGGCGUCUCCAAGCGUAAAAUGGCUCCGCUUAAGUUCGUCUUAAGCCAGCCAAAGCCGACUCUGAAGUUGGAAGAGAACAGGGAUGAUGAGGAGUACACCAGCUUCCUACCCGAUUUUAGGCGGGCUGGCGAUCCACUGGCGAUCCACAAGGAAACGCCAGCCACCAGUGACUCAAACACCUCCAGCGAGUGGGAGUUUUUGGACAACUAGUUCAGUAUUAGAAUUAAGUGCAUACUCAUUCGAUUCCAUUUGCAUUUUUGCACUUUAUUCUCUUUCUAUGUUUCUAUGUUUGCAAAAGUGUUGUGUUUAUCAGAUUGUGAUCACCGUGAUUUAGUUACUCUUUUUAGUGGAAUUUACAUACAUAAGUGUACAUAAUAUUAGACGUAUACUGACCCCACCAGUAUCUACACAAAUACAUAUAUUUCAAAUAUUAGCCUUUAUUUAAUGUUAUCGUACGCUUGUUUAAGAUAUUUAAAUACUUUAUGUAUUUGCUACUCAAGUUCAAGGUCGCUUUGCAAUCUCGAAAUACAUUUAUUUGAUAUAAGUGCAAACAUUUCGUCCAAAGGGUGCCCCCCAGCAGGAAAUGGAUACGGACUGAUACCGAGUAUUUGGUUGUUGCUUUUUUCUGGAACUAUAUGCCAGACUUGAGCCGCCGAUAGAGUUGCAUGUGAGGGAAACGAGACGCCCACGCCCACACCCACUGCAGCAUGUGCCCGGUCUGCUGAUUGCUCCAGCGGGGCAAUUCGGUAUGGAACCUUCUUGAUCUGCAGUGCAAACGGAACGGCCCACUGCAUUGAUUGAUCAACAAAUAGUAAUUCGAGCUCCCUUCGCACUCAAUUGGCUGCAAUAAUGGAAAGUUUUGAGAAGUUUCGCUUACAUCUGGCUUCCAGAAGAUUCGACGAAGCCUUCGGCCUGCUCUCACGGGAAGACUUAGCUAAAUGGUACCGGAGAAUUGAAUUCUACUCAUGCAUGUGUGCAGUUCCAAUCCAACAGAUGGUACUGAGAUUUUUGAAAUUGAUUAUAAUUAUGAUGAUGUAAUGAUGUAGGAAUACUAAUUAAAGAUUAUUCAAGCGAGGCUAAGGGAUCUUUAAGGCCUGUCAGUAUAGGAUUGUAUCUAUGUAUGGAAAUAAAAUAUAAAAACAAAAGAGAACGCUUUAGUCGAUCUCCUCGACUAUCAGAUACGAG